GUACUUUGAUAUACAGACAUGCACGUAUCUUUAAAUAUAUGAAUACUUUUUCCCAAAGGUGGCUCAUGUUCUGGAAAACCUGCUUGGUUUUAGCCUUUGAGUAGGAGGAGGAAGGAAAACGAAGGUGCAUACUCCUCCACCAACGUCACUUUAUUAAAGCUUAAAAGGUGAUGGUAAUAAUUAAAAAGGAUGUUCAAAAGGUGAUGUAUGUAAAGCUGCCUGCCUUCUUUUAUUGGACGGGAGAAGAUUGUGUUGCUUGUAUACGAAAGACAACAUGUAACAAUACUAAGGUCAUUUGAUGCCUUAAUCUUCGCGUAACUCCGAAAAGUAUUCACGCUCGAGAUGGAGAUUACGUACAAGUCAUGCAUGCAUACUGUUCCCAAAAUAUCCCCCACCUCUUUAAAGCAAGCGCCUGCCUUGCCACCUUCGAAGGAUACGUAGCGAAGCCAAAUUUAGUUGUGCUUGCUACUGAGUUUGACCCCUCUUCCCCAAAUACCCCUUUUCCAGAAUACACUCCGCCAUGCCCGCGAACCGAACCAUGGCCGGCGCUCACGAGUCCGACUGCGAGGAUUCGGUUCCCAUGUCUCUCUCCUUCCGAGACAUCGCCACCGCCACCGCCGGCCGAGAUCCCUCGGCCCUCCACAGGGCGCUCUCCUCCCCUCCGGACUCCUUCCAGUUCUUCUGUGCCGCCAGCGAGAUGUGCUCUGCCGAGGACGUCUUCCUCGGGUGGAGGCUCCUCCCUCUCAAUCCCCGUUCGCCGUUGCCCGGAACCAUGCCUUUAGAUCACCGGCGGUCUGGGUCCCUCGACCGGCGCCACUACUGGCCCGGAGGACUCGCGGACAAGCACCGGAAGCUGAGAAGGGCUGCGUCGGACCCGCCUACGGAGGCCAUGAAGCCGCAGCCCAGGUGGUAUCUGUUCGUGCUCGGGCCGAUGAGGGUCCCGUCCGCAAUGCAGAUGGAGGACAUCAGGACCCGGCAGAGGCGGCGGAGAACGCCGUCGCCAGAGGAUACCGUCGGGCGCCUGAGCAACGGGAGAAGAGGCCCGUGGAGGCUUCUCCGGUCGCUGAGCUGUAACGGGGCGGAGAGCGCGGCCGUGUUGCCAUCGCCGGUCAGGUUCACCUCGCACUUGCGUGCCUGAGACGAGCUCUUAGAUCCCAUUACCUCCGUUGUGCCGCGAGCAACGAGUUAGCAAACGGAAGAGUACUCCUGGAAAUCAUGUCCUCGCUGUGGUGGGAUCCCAUGUUCGGGCUGUAGAGGCUAACUCUUCACAUCAAGCCUUCAUCUUCUUGUGCCUAAAUUUUGGUCUUCGUCACGGCAGAGAUCAGCAAUCGUCUUCUCGUACAUGGAGAUUACGAAGGCGAAGUUUUGGGUCUCAGUUGUGCGUGUCUCAUUCUUAAUCCACUUCUUAGGUGACCAAGUAAACCAGACUUUGAUAAGGACAGAGACCAAAAAGAAUCUUAAAAGACUGUGCUGAAAAGACACUUCCAAUGGGAAGAAGACUAUUAGUCGUUAUCUAUAUAGUAAGUAGAACAGUAGGGUUUUCCUUCACCACAAAUAAUACUGCACAACUUUCUUCUAUA